AUGGGUUCAACGUUGGAUAUUGAUCCAACAUUUAAACACGCGCUGAAACUACUCCACUCACCUCAUUCGGAUGCGACGGAAAAGAUACGCAACCUGCUAGACGAGCUCAUCAAACAAAGGUAUGGUAGUGGAAAAACGCUCAUUAACACCCUUAGCAGAAAACACCUGGGCGAGGAACCGCUAGCGGGAGGAAGCAAUCUUUACGUGCGCAAGCAAAAGGUGAUUGAGCCGAAACCCAUACCCGUCAUCAAUGUGGACCCGGACCCAGAACCGAUUGCAAGUGGUACGAUCGAGUGUAUAGUGAGCGCACCGGAAGCUCUGACCAUACCACCGAUGUCGUCUGGUUCGAUCCUGAUCUCCACUUCCGAUCUGGAGGGCAACGACGAGGAUGAUGAUGUCGUGAUGGAGGAAGACAAACUGAAAGAAUUGGAAGAUUUGAUGUGUGUUGUGUGCCGUCUAAUGGAUGUUAGUGCCCGAAACAGGUUGGUCGAAUGUGCCGAUUGUCACGCUCUAUAUCACCAGGACUGUCACAAACCUGCUAUUUCGGAAGCAGAUGCUAACGAUGAAGAGAAUUCUUGGUACUGCACCAUGUGCCGCAACAAACAGACGGCCACCAAGCUUACGAAUACUGCGAUGGUAUCUACACCACCUAUUACCAUAGCAACCUCACCGUCCCCUACUAUUAGCAGCUCAUCGUCAAAGUCGGCAUCACAUACGAAAAGUGGCAGCAGCAAAUCGGCCGAAUCUUCGUCCAGCUCUAGCUCGUCUAGCAGUAGCAAACACAAAUCCUCUAAAAGCGGAAGCAAAUCUUCCGACUCAUCGCACGAGCGUGAUAGGGAUCGCGACCGUGACCGCGGCGAACGAGAUCGAGACCGAGAGCGGGACCGUGAUCGGGAUCGUGAUCGUGAUCGUGACCGUGAAAGAGAUCGCGAGCGGUCCUCAAAAUCCUCUUCAGCCAGCGGUGGAGGAGGUUCAUCGUCAUCCGGCAGCACUGGAAAUGCAGCAUCCAGUGCCGGUAGUUCCGUUGGCACACCCAGCAUAAAUAUAAUCAGUGCCGAUAAGCGUCUACAAAUGAUGAAGAAAAAAGCUGCCAAAAUGCAAGACAGCAAACGCAAACAUAAAUAG